CAGGUUUUUCUUUUAUGUUAUUUUUCUUUUUAAUAAUUUAAUUAGCAGCAUCUUUCUCCAAAAAAAAAAAUAGUAGCAAUUAUCUUAAUAAAUAAAUAUUAAAUGUUUUCAUCAUUCACUGAGACUGCUAGUUCGUUAUAAAAGCCGAAUAGUAGGAGUGAAGAAGCACAAGCACACCUGCUAUUGCGUAAUCUAUUUCUCACUUUGCUCCUUAUUUUUGUCAUUCGCAUUCUCUUUCUUUAUUGUAUUCUCGACUUGUAACUUUCAGUCUCCAUUAACUAUGGAUGGUCUACUACCGUCACUCGUUACUGAACUCUUGAAGCAGUUGGGUUCAUUCGCAGCCCAGCAGGCUCUACAGGAGCUACUGUUGCUUGUUGGAGUUGAUGAAGAAAUCGAAAAUCUUCAAUACAAUUUCAAAAUGGUCCAGGCGAUGCUCAACAAGUUCGAGGAAAGACGACUGAGGGAUGACGCUGUGAAGCUUUGGUAUGAUAAGCUCGAAGAUGCAUACUACAUGAUCGAUGACGUGUUGGACACCUGGGAAACUGCAAAGAUCAAAUUACAAAUUCCGAAAGAAGAAGGAGAAAAAGCUGCUCAUAGUAACGCUCCUGCCCCCCCUGAGAAAAAAAUGAAGAAGGUAUGGUCCUCCUUUCCCUCUCCAUCAUGUUGCUUUCGUCAAGUUGACAAUGUUUCUGUUCGUCAUGAGGUUGGUCACAAGAUAAAAAAACUGAAUGUAACAUUAGCUAAUAUUCUCCAAGGCAAACAGGAGUUUGGGAUUGACUUGAAUAGUCAACCUGAAAGAGUUGAAAGACUAGAAAUUACGUCCUUUGUGGAUGUUUCUAAAAUAGUUGGCCGUAACGAGUACAAGGAUGAUCCACUGAACAACCUAUUAGGCGUGGGUAGUCAACAAGAAAGCAAUCCUCUGGUCAUCUCCUUAGUGGGUGUAGGUGGUAUAGGAAAAUCAACUGUUGCCAAACUCGCCUAUAAUGAUUCAAAAGUAAGAGAUCAUUUUCAGAAACUAAUGUGGGUUAGUGUUUCUGAUCCUUUCGAUCAGUGCAAGGUUGCCAAAGCAAUCAUCCAGGAGCUUGCCCCUACACAUGAAUCCCUCAAUAAUACCACUACUACAUUGCAAGCUCUAUUGUGUAUAGUUUGUGAUUUGAUUAAGGACAAAAAGUUCUUUCUUGUCUUUGAUGAUGUGUGGGCUAAAGACGUCCCCAAAGAGUCUGAAAAGUGGGAGCCUUUCAAAGAUGCUCUAACACAUGGUGCCCAAGGUAGCAGAAUUCUAGUCACCACACGUAAUAAGGAUGCUGCCCACAUGAUGGGGAGCACCAAAACCCACAUAAUCAACUUAGGGAAUUUAUUUGUUGAUGAUUGUUGGUUGAUUAUUAGGAAAAUAGCAUUUAUUGAUGAAAAUAUAGAUCAACAUAAGGAUCUUGAACCCCUAGGUAGACAACUAGCAGAUAAAUGCCAUGGCUUGCCGCUUGCAGCAAAGCUUAUAGGGGGUUACAUGCACGAAAAGAGAAUAAAAGAACAGUGGGAGAAAGUUUUGGAAAGUAGUUUGUGGGAUUUAGAAGAUGUUGAAAAAGGUCUUUUGGGACCAUUGUUGUUGAGUUAUUAUGAAUUGUCCUCAGUAGAGAAACAAUGUUUCUUAUUUUGUGCUAUCUUUCCAAAAGAUCAUGUCAUUAAUAGAUUUGAGUUAAUCAUCCAUUGGAUGGCACAAGGAUAUAUCAACUCAAAAGGAAAUAGGGAGAUGGAAGACAUAGCGGAAGAGUACUUUGAAAAAUUAGCCAUGAGCUCUUUUUUCCAAGAUUUUGAGAAAGAUGAGAAUGAUGGUAGAAUUAAAAGUUGCAAAAUGCAUGAUAUUGUGCAUGACUUUGCACAGUCAUUGACAAAAGAUGUAUGCUUCACAAUUGAAGGUAAAGAAGAGGUUAAGAUAGACUUUAAAAGGGCUCGACAGUUGUCAUUAAUAGUUAAAGAAACAUUUUCUGAGUCUAUCUAUGAAGCGAAAAAUCUACGCACUCUCUUUCUUCAUUCUCAUGUCCACUCUGAGUUUAACAUGCACAAAUCCAAAUCAUUCGACCAUUUUAGAUGUUUACGAACAUUAAUUUUGGUUGGCCCAUUUACGAAACUUCCGGAUGCGGUGGAAAAUUUGAUACAUUUAAGGUGUUUCCAUAUGUAUGGGAAUGUUAAAAUAGAAGAAUUGCCUGAAACCUUAUGUAAUCUUUGUAAUUUGCAAACUUUGAAUAUUGAUAAUGGUGCAUAUAUCAAGAAAUUACCACAGGGGAUGGGUAAACUAAUUAACUUAAGACAACUUAGAAUUGACACAAGUUGGCAUGGUGGGCACACAAUAAAAUUUCCAAAUGGGAUUGGGAAAUUGACUUGUCUUAGAACAUUAAGUCAAUUCUACAUCAGUGGUAAAGACGAUAAAGAAGGAUGUAAACUUGGAGAAUUAAAAAAUUUGAACCAACUUCGAGGGAGCUUUAAAAUGCAUGGGUUGGGAAAUGUGGUAGAUGUAGGGGAGGCCCAGAAUGCACAGUUGAAGAAGAAGAUACAUCUCCACAAUUUGGUACUAAAUUUUUUGGGUGAAGGUCAAUUCUUACAGGAAGAGGAAUUAAAAGAGGAAGAUGAAGAGAGUAGAAGAAGAAUGGAGAGUGAUGUGGCAGUUUUGAAUGCCUUAGAACCACCUUCACACUUGGAAAAAUUAUCAAUUACUAGAGUCAUGAGCACCACAGUGUAUACUGAUUGGAUGACGUCCUUGACCAAUUUGAAAAGUCUUAAUAUCGAUGGGUGCUCUCAGCUAGAGUGUUUGCCACCUUUGGGGAAGUUGCCGUUGCUGAAAGAAUUAGAAAUAUGGGGUGCACCAAAUGUGAAAAAGUUGGGAGAUGAAUUUUUAGGAAUAGAAUCCGAAAACAAAAGCAAGAAAGACGACUGCCACAUCAUAAAUAUAUUCCCAAACCUGAGAGUUCUCAAAAUUAGCUAUAUGAAGAACUGUGAAGAAUGGAUUGGGAUGGGUGGAAAGAGAGAAGAAGUGGAAGAAGAAAAAGAUAGUGGUUUGGUUUCAGUUUCACAUCCAAUAAUAAAAAUAAUGCCACGGCUUGAAAGCCUAACAAUUAAAGGCUGCCACAAAUUAAAGUGUCUGCCAGACUACUUGCGUACUACUCCAUUACAGAAAUUAUUCAUUUCUAAAUGUCCAAUUCUCAAGCAACGUUGUAAAACAGAGAGAGGAGAUUACUUGCCCAUUAUUUCUCACAUCCCAAGAAUCAACCUACGAUAAAGUAACAAUCAACCCCAGUUUGAUUCAAACAAUCAGUCAGAGUAUGAGGAGGAUGGGGCUGAGUAUGAGGCGGAUGAACAAGUGGAAGUAGACAUUGAUGAGGGGGAUUCGUGAAGCGGACUGAUACAUAUCAUGAGAUUGGGUUGUAAGAGUAAGCAAGGGGUCAUGAAUUUUAGCUACAAGUAUAGUUUUUUUGAAUGAUGAUACUGAUAGAGAAGAGGAAUAUAAAGCCUCUUUUUUGAAGCUUGGGGUGACCUUAAAUCUCCCUUUUGCAACAUUAUAUUUACUCUUACGUUAGAGCCAAAAGGGUCAAUUCCUCCCCAGCCUCACAGUGCAGUGAAAUCAAUUUAAAUGGUGGAAGAGCUUGAUGUGAAGAUGAUUUUGACAUCAUAACGACCACAUCCAGUACCUGCAAUACUGUUCAUGUUGCAGUUGAAAAUCAUAUCAACUUUGGGAUUUGUGCUUUAAUGAUGAUAGUGUUUGACACAAAUAUGAAAUUUGAUGUCAAAAGAAUACAUGAUCCAAAUGGUGUUGACUAAAGAGGCCUUUGUUCUUACAUGAGGAGGAUAUGGAACUUUUAUGCUUGAAAUACAUUUUCUCUGACACCAAAGGUCUGUGUAAUUAAAGGAGGCGGAACCCAAGAAAUGGCUUCUAUGAUUUUUGAGGAAAUUAGGAGGGGUGGGCUUACGGUUGAGGUGGUUCAAAGAACUAUUCCUGCAGCCAAUGUUCAAUCAUAAAGAUUUAGAGUGGUUUCAGUGACAUCAAGUUAAUGGGCCACUACAGUGGAGUAGCAGAAGGGCAGGAAGGACUUCAGUGGUUUGUAAGGAAUUUUGGAGGACGACCCUCAAAGUUGUUGCGGCUGGACUUCUAAAAUCAUUGACCAUUUCACAAUAAUUGGAACUCUGAUCAAAGACCAAUCCUCCGGUCUUUACAAAUGGCAUAAGACUAACAAAUGAACACAAACCACUUACAAUGGAUGAGAAAGGAAGAUCAAGAUCAAUCUCAAAGAGAAAACCCCAUCUUGGUGGUCACAGAUUUUGUUGUAGAAAGAAAAAAGCAUGAACCUGAAACUACAAGUCAUAAAGGAAAGUGGGGACAGCAAGGCUGACCAGUUAUCAGACAAUGACUCUCAAAAUAUGGUACACACUAUACUUUCCCCUUAACUCCUGUUUUGUUUGUUCAAUUGACAAAAGAAAACUUAUUUUUGCUUAUCCUAUGCAUGAAUGUCUUUGAUAGCUCUGUUUUGUGAUAUUGAUUAGUGCUAUAAUGCUGGGUUACUUUUAUGCUCCUCAUCGUGCUUAGGAAGUAAUAAGUUGAUUAUUUUCUAUUGAUUUUGAAGUUUGUUAAUGUAGAUCAACUUGGAAUAAGAUUAGGGAAAAGCAUUCAGUUGUUGAUUGGAGGGCUUUGGUUUGGUUUUUGUUUCGGCUGCUAUUUGCAAGCAAUGCCUUCAUUUCUUGGCUAACUGUCACGGAUAAACUUCCCACUCUUGACAUGGCUGGUAAUUGAGGAUACAAUUCUGAUCUCAUUUGUGUGUUCUGUAGGAGAUAUCUAGAGUCCAGAAAAGCAGUUGAAUGACUGGAAUUCUCUCUUAUGCUGAAAUAUUCAUUCCUUGAAAGUCAUAACUAUUGUUUGCAAGUUAGCUUGGGCUGCCUUCAUUUUUCAGAUAUGGCUUCAUGGAAAUGCUAGAGUUUGCAAGGUGUGCAAAAUGGUAAUUUUUGGCUGAUGGGGUAUAUCAGUUUCUGUUUUAGAGUAAAAGCGUUGUUGUUUGUGUGUUUUGCAGCGGUUUGCUGUUUGUGUUGUGUUCUUGUUUAGAGUAGCCAUGUUGGUUGUUUCUAUGUUCUGCAGCAAUUUGUUGUUUGUGUUGUGUCAAGGUUGAACUAUUUUGUGAUAUCUUUGCUUGAUUUGUCUUGAAUUUAUCUCAUUCUUAAAAAAAAAUUGUCUGUUCUACUAGUCGCCCAAAAAAUUUUAUUCUGACUAUGCUUUGGAUUGCUUAGAUGAUAUGUCUCAUCCAUCCCUUCUUUAAUGGUUAUAAUUUUAAAUUCCUUUUUGCAUGUUAUAUCUCCUUGAAAUAGAGAUUUGACUUUUAAGAUUGAUAUCUAUUUUGGAGCAUUUUAAUUGUUGUCCAUUGCAAUUUAAGUAUUUUAUAAAUAUGCCAUCAUUAAGCUUCUUACUUUGAAGUUCUAAAUUUCUAAUUGAUGCUUGUAACCUUGAAUAAUCCCUGUGUGGAAGAUGUUGGGCUUCUUAUCCCUUACCUUGCAAAUCUGCCUCCAAGAAAUAAUGUGCGUGCAAAGCCCCACUCAAACUUUAUGCAAGAUUGAUAGAAAGAGCCCAUAGAAAGUGAUAAUGUCAAACAGAAUGGCGAGGCCAAUGAAGUUAAAGAUCAGAUCAUCGGGGCUUCUUUAUUUCUCCCAGCCAGAAGAAACAAUCCCCACAUUACAAGGAAUUUUGGAAAGAACUUGGGGAUAUGAACAAAGAUUCUAAACUGCCAAUGAAAUGAGGAUCAUUAAGUUAGUCGCACAAAGUUAUAAGCAUGGAAAAUGGUGUUGUGCACUAUGGUGGUGAGUUUUAUAGUGAUGAUGACUUGCAAAGUUGGGCUUUAGUUUCAUCAUUUGAAGCCUUAAUGUUUCCAUUUCCUCCUCAUCAUCAGGCAAACAUUAAAGUUCAUUGACCAUUGUGUUUUCUGAGAUUGACCUCAGGCAACCACUUAUUUGCAAAGUACCUGAAAUUGAACCACAUGAAACUUUGGGGUUUUGGUACUGCAUAUAAACACAGUUAAAACCUAUUGGAGAAGCACAGUUUUAUAUUGGUGAAAAUUGUUAAGCAAGGAUGCACCUCAGAUAGCCAUAUUCUGGUGCAAGAUAUAUUUGAUAAGCUCCAUUGGUUGCAAAGCUUCAUAUGUUAGAAUAACAAAGCUCCCUACCUAUCUGCCCUACAUCAUUUACCUCGUCUAUAAAUUUUUAUGCCAAGUUCAUAGAUGCAACUAUGCUGAGCGAUGAGGAUCCAUUCAGCAUUGUGAAUGUAGCUUGUCAUGGAUGUCAAGAUGAAAUGAGGUCAACGAGUGAUACACAUGAAUUGGAAACUAGGCAAUUGAUGUUAUGCAUAUCUGUGAGAGAAGUGCUAGUGUGUUAAUAAUGUUCAAUCAGCCAGUGUGGUAUAUGAAUGAUUUGGUUCAUCAUUCCUGGGUGAUUCUCCAAACAAUUUGGGAGGCACUUAGCUAUCUGAUGACACGGGGCAUUCAAUCAGCCAUUAUUCUUACUAGUACUUGAGCUGUUGGCACGUUAUUAGAGUCGGGUCAGUGUAAGGCUGAGGCAAGCAGGGACUUGUGCGCUGUGACAAAGGAUCUUGGCAGUUUACACCUCCCAUUCAUAGUUCUCACAUUUUUUUCUGGUUCAUCAGCGAGCUUUGAAACUGGUCAGCUGCCUAUUGUGAUGCCACAUCUUUUAUACUCAUGGCCCGAAGUGGUAAACCAGCACAUCAAAAUAUAUAAAGGAAAAUCUAAUUAGGGACUGUACAUUGUAUUUACAUUUUUUAUGCCAUUCUCAUACUAUUUUCAAAAUAUUUUUCAUGGGUAUCAUUUUCAUAACUAAGAUACAUUAUAUUUAUACAAAAUUUAUCGCAACACGAAGAGUGAUAUUCAUCUA